AGUUCUGCGGGAAGAAGGUGAAGGAGAAACUCAGCUUCCUGGUAUGAGCGACAGCCCAGGCAUUCAGGACAACAGCUCUAUGCGAUCUCUCAACUCGUUCAGUCCUCUCACUGGGGCUAUGCUCACCUGCUUCAGGCUACACACUGGCCCUUUAUCAGAGCAGUAUAGACUGAUGCAUAUUCAACCACCGAAGAAGAAGAAUAAGCACAAGCAUAAACAUCAUCGUCCUCAGGAUCCCUUACUGCCAGAAACUCUGUCCGAUUCAGACCAUAAGAAGUAGAAGAAGAAAAAGAAGGACGAUGACCCGGAC